CUCUAGCUUCGCGUCAUCCGUCACGAAUCAACGCCCUUUCUACUCCUCCCAUGACAUUUGGCGUAAUUGGCAAUGGUGCAGGUCGGACACCGCUUAUCAACGUGGCUAGUUUGAGCACGUCAGCCAUGACUGGAACAAUGUCGCCUGCAGCGUUACUCGAGAAGGAACAGGAAAUCAAGAAGAUGCGCGAAUUAAUUGCGCAGCGGGAACAGAAUAGACUGAAAAAGAUGGCUGCUAUGUCUGGCAAAUCGACACCCACUAGUCUAGCUAUCUCGACGAUGACAAUCUCUUCAAACGAUUCUAUACCUGCUCCCAUUAAGCAAGAAGAAGAAGUCAGUUCUUCAUCCCCAGAUAUCAACGCAUCGCCUAGCAUGAGCACUGCGACCAAGGAGGUCUCAACUAACGCCACAGGCUCCGGAAAGUCGGCAGUAUCCCCUGUAGAAGAUAUGGUCAUACGAGACGUUCCUGAUAGACCACCACCGGAGUCCGGCUCUUUUCUCCCAGAAAGGACCGACAACUCGACGAGCUCUCCCACCGCCGGGAUGAGCAAUGC